AAGUUGAUACAGCAAAUCCAACACGCUUGUUUGCAUGGUCAAAUAUCGAGUAGAAGGCGCCUAUGAAGACAUCACCAAGGAUCCAUGAGUUUUCGGCAGGCAGUCCCUGGAACUCUUGGAAACCGGAUGUGCACGUUCCGUCGGUGUACUGGAUCACGUAGUUAUUCGCCACCAUGAUCAGUUCUGCACCGCCGAUGAAGAAUGUAAUGGGUGGAAGGCUGGAAAUAGUGCUGCAGUUGAUCGACCCUGAUUCGUCUGCUCCGAUUGCUUGUUGGAUCUGCUGGACCAAUGCAGGUGGUCCUGCAAUAAGUGAGGUGCCACUGUCAACAAUUGCUUCGACCGGUCCAUCGAUGAUUUGUUGCCCGUUGACGAUUAGCCCUCCAAGUUGGAUUUGCCAGUAGGUCUCUGAGAUGAGCGGCUCCCAUGCGAUUGGGCCCUGGUAGUGGGUAGGAUCGAUUCCACACAGAGUCAACUCUCCACCGAUGACAUUAUGAUGGAGGUCACGGUUUAGCCAAAAAGAAAAGACGGCUUCCGGACAAACUACCUGAUUAG